CCCGGCACCGGACUGUAACGGCGAACAUUCGACCGGAGCAUUUUGCGAACGCGUCCAGCACUCGCACAGUACGCAACGGUAUAACACGUACACGACGUCGCUGAAGUCUCCUCGACACGUUUCGUAUAGUAUACUUUAGUGCACGUAUCGAGUUGUUAUUAAUAAACGAACGAGUCAUAUCGUCCGUCGUUUUGUCCGAUCGCCUUUUUACGCAGCGUGUCUUCCGGUUUGUUGUGACUUUUGCGAAUUUUAUUUUUCGUUCGAUCGUCCGCCGCACAGCCAUAUAUACACCGUCGACGACUCCCGAGUCAACAGAUUUUUAAGUCGUUGAAAAAAACAAAAUAUAUAUAAUGAACAAAUUACUAUCAAUUGUGGUGUUGUUGGCUGUAGCUGUUUGCUCGUGUCAUGGCUUUAUGGAUCGUAGGAACAUCAGAUCAGCAGGAUCUGAGGUUUCUGGCAAUGUUGACCCGAUCACUGUUGACACCAUCGCACCCCGAGAUUUAGAAACCGCAGAUACUAAUGAUGUAUUUACAGGCAGGCUCAAGAAGGGCGGCAACAAGAACAAGGAGAUGUUGCACAUGGGCCUGAGCUUCGUGAAAAUGAUCCUGGGCACGUUGACGGCGGCCAUCGGGCACGUGUUCGCGUUCAAGAGCGUCGGGCUGAGCCUGAUCAGCGUGCUCAUCCAGAUCGCGCAGUUCAUCAUGGUGCUGAAGAAGAACAAGGACAGCCAGCCGCCGUCGUACAAGAUCGUCGAGACGCCGUGGCACACGUCGCCCACCGAGUCGUACGGCGCUUACGGUUCGUACGCCGGCCACGCCAAGUCGGCCGCAGCGGCCGGCGGCUACAACGCUUCGCCGUACGCGGCCGCGGCGCCGCCGAGGAGACGCCGGUGAUGAGGAAGUCGCCGACGGCGGGACGUACAUAUAAUAUACCUAUAUAUAACAUUAUGACGACCACUUCCGGUCCGCGCGGAAGCUCCGGUCGAGGGGGAGGACGACAUUAAUACAAUAUUAUUAUCGUCCGCCCUUAUUAUAAUAUGGUAAACAACAACAACAACAAACCCGCAACGCGGCGGAAACGCCACUCGCGGUCGCGGAAGUGUUGUAAUAUUUAAAUAUACAUUUUAUCGUCAUACGUCAUAUUAUUAUUAUUAUUACUGUAUAACCGCGGAACACGUACAUAUAUAACAUUUCGGCCAUUUUUAAUUAUUAUUAUUAUUAUUAUUAUUAUUGUUAUCGUCAUCGAUAUAUUUAUUUAUAUAUGUAUUAUGUAUAUUUUAUUUAUCACGUGUGAAUCACACGGUGUGUACACAACACGCGCGAAUAAAUUAUUUAUUAUCGUCAUUA